AUGAAACUGUUAAUUAGUAUAAUGAAAUGUCUGUUCGUGAAUAUUGCUCCGGGGCGCGCUAUCUGUUGUCGAUAUGAGGCUCUUGCUUCGGCGUACUCACGACAAUUAGUUCUGUUGUUGUCGACGGGUUGCGCACCGGUGUCCGGCGGCGGCGGUCGGCUAUUUCCUGGUUUCUCUACUACACAGCGCACGAGUAGUAGUUUUUGUAAACGUUAUACAACGAAAAAUAACAUCAGCAAUUCUGUCUCAUUACACGCCGAAAGGUCAUCCGGACCCGAUGGUCGUUUGGAAGAAAGACAGAGAAGACGUGCACAUAGAUUAGACGACAAGGUACACCAGAUAAUAUCAUUAUAA